AUGGCUCCUAAGCGGAAGCAUUCGAGCAAUGAAUCCGAGCGAGAGAACAAUGCGCGCAAUAAGCGCUUUGCUUACCUCAAACCUCAGGUUCGGCAGGUCUCCGAAAGAACUAUCAAGUCCAAGUGGUCGACGCUUCCGGAGCCUGUCCAAGAAAAAGUCCGUGAUAUGUUUCGAGCUAUCGAGCGCCCUGUCAUUGUACGGCAACAGAAUGAGGCAAAACGCAUUGAAGCACAGGCAGCCGUCCAGGCUGUCGUGAAGAACCUGGGAAAGCGGCUUCCGCGCAUGCCGUUCCCCCCGGUUACGAAAGACUCUGUCUUUGAAUACGAGGCGGCGCUCAAGGAACAUUGCUCCUUGGAGGCUUCUCUAGCCACAAUGACCGAUAGCAUUGAUCUUCUGAAGGCUGAGGUCGAAAAGGAAGAAGCCCUGCUUGAACGGGAGAAGAAGCAACUGCAGGAAAUGGAGAAAAAUGCAAGGCGGGCAGAGGCCGAAAGAAAAAGGCAAUCAAAGAACGAACAUCCCGUACUCCGACAGUUCAGCAGCAAUCCGAAUGAGCAGGACCAGCAGCAGCUCGAAUUUACCCUUGCAGGCGGAAAGGAACCCCUGCCGACGUUCGACGAGUUGGAGAAUGACCCAGAGGUCUCAAAUAUACUGAAACAACUGAAGGAGCAUCUAAAGUCAAUGCAGAAUAACACCGCUCCACUCACCGGUUUGACAGACGCAAUCGCUAGGUCACAUGUAGCCUUAAGUUUGACCUUCAUGCCUGAAGACUGA